CAACUGUGAAUUUUCGCGGGCCAUUUUCGCGCCACUGGGUUUUCUGUCAUAAACGGACGAGUCGUUCUGACAGAUCGCACCGUCGUCGUAUCUGAGCUGUCACAACUGCACCGGCUACAGUUUUACAUGAAACUGGAGUCUGUGGAAAGUGGAAACUGACUGUUGCGAUGUCUACGAGGCAGUGCUCCGUGUAUGAAUGCCACAACAGUGGCAGGAAAUUAAAAAAGUGGAGGGAAACGGUCUGUAGCAUUCAUCAAAGACUCCAUCGCUCUUGCAUUUGCCCAGAACCGUUCAGAUUGCUGCCCUUUCCCACACAAAGGAAGGACCCUGAUGCCAGACAGAAAUGGAUCCGACUCGUCUGCCGUAAGAGUGAGACCAACAGAAACAAAAUCUGGGUCCCAAAUGCUGACUCUCGUAUUUGUUCCAUACACUUUGUGGACAGUGAACCCACACAGGCGAACCCAUACCCAACACUGCACAUGGGUACUCUCAAUACUUCCAGUACGCCAAAACCAAGGAAGGCGCCUACACCUCGCCGACUUGUGGACACUACUACCAAAAAGGUGCUUGCCAAGAAUAGCACAACAGAAGAGAAUAGCACAGACACCAGUGUCAGCAGCUUUCCCGGUCAUAUACAUGUAAAUCAUGACCACGACUAUGAUGUUUCACAGAAACAAGAGUGUAAAACAUGUGAAUGUUGCAGUACCAAAGAUGCCCAGAUUAAAAGGCUCAAACAGAUGAAUACCCGACUUCAACUGGAUGUUGUAGGUCUUAAACUGAAACUCAAAUCUCAAAGUCAGUUCAGUCAUAACAAGCUAUUGAAAGACAGUAAAGUACUAUUCUACACGGGGUUGCGAAACCGAAAAGCAUUUGAGGAGCUCUAUAGUCAUAUAGCUCCCAAACUCCAACGAAUCCGUUUCUGGAGAGGACCUAGUGGCCUUCCGAAGGGCGUUCGCAGGUUCACGAAGUCGCCAAGGAAGUUUGGUCCAGCACGGAAGCUGGGUGGGAGGGACCUACUGCUGAUGACCCUUAUGAAGCUCAGACUCGGCCUUCUGAAUGAAGAUUUGGCGGACAGAUUUGGUGUAUCGACAGCCACAUGUUCACGUGUCCUGACAACAACACUCAAGUUUUUGUCUUCUGAAGUGUUUGAUCCUCAAACCAGCUGAGGAAGUACAGAAAGCAAAUCUGCCAAGGAGGUUUCAAUCCCAGCCGAUAUAACAAUUGGUUCUCAGAUUUUUCAGAAAAAAAAUGAAGCGACAGGGAAAAAAAAGAACAAAAGAACAGGCAUUGUAUAAAAGAGAUCGACAUACCAGACUGGUUUGUAAUUCAAAUAAUGAAUUUUGAACUUUAAGUCAAACCACUGAAUUGAUAAAUCGAAAAACUGUAUUAUAACAACUAUGAAGACAAGUACUUUCUUUCAACUUACUGUUAACAUAAUGCUAGGGCCUUUUGGAGUUGAGUCAGAACAAGAAUUUCUUUUUCCAAUC